AAAAAUGCAAUAACGCAGGCGCUCCUAACCUCCUGUGCUCUGUUAGGAUGAAACACCAAGAGAUGAAUGAAAGGACAGGAACGCACCUUCAAAACAUGGACUAUAGGAAAGAGGAAGUAAGCAGAAGAAGGUUGUGCAAAUAAAAUUAAAGCCUCRGACAUUGAGCCCACAAUUAUUUUUGAUAACCAGUAAAUCAUUUUUACAACAAAAAAGAAAGCAUGAAGGAAGAGAGCCGUACACACUGGAGUCGGAGCUAUAAAUGGACUUUUACCAAGUCAGAUAAUCUCAUCACAGCUGAAGCUGAGCAUACUCAGAUAACAUUUGAACUGGGAUCAAAAUGCAACCAUUGGGAAGAGCUGUUUAAUUAGAGAGCUGGAAAAAAAAUGAAAUGAGGAAACCAAUUCUUUUUUUAAAGAUUGACAGGUUGUCUCAGAGUUUUCAGGUAGUUUUAYGGGCACAGUUCAGUACAAGUUGUUUCACACUACAAGUAAUAUAUUUACAGUUUAAUAUUUAACGUUCCUUGUCAGGUUUCAGUUCACUCUUUGUCAGUGAAGUGCAUAUAACACGGCUGUAUGAACAGCAUCUUGUCCUGCAGGUGUCAGAUGGGGGUGAAUCCACACGAGCUACCUUUAAAACACAGAGUCUUAAUGAAGCCUGUGGGGAGCAGGGAAGAUGGUUAUUGGAAGAGACRGACCGGAUGCAGUUGCCCAUCAGCAGAUAGAAUGGCCGAGCCAGAGCUCUUGUUAGACUCCAACAUCAGGCUCUGGGUGGUGUUACCCAUUGUCUUCAUCACCUUUCUCGUUGGGGUGAUUCGACAUUAUGUAUCCAUUCUUCUUCAGAGUGACAAAAAGUUGACUCUGGAGCAAGUUUCUGACAGCCAGGUUCUUAUUCGGAGCAGAAUUCUGAGAGAAAAUGGAAAAUACAUUCCCAAACAGUCCUUCUUGAUGAGGAAGUUCUACUUCAAUAAUCAGGAGGAUGGAUUUUUUAAGAAGACCAAAAGAAAGGUUGUGCCACCCUCUCCCAUGACAGAUCCCAGCAUGUUAACAGACAUGAUGAAAGGUAAUGUCACCAAUGUGCUUCCCAUGAUCCUCAUCGGCGGUUGGAUCAACUGGACCUUCUCAGGAUUUGUAACAACUAAGGUACCAUUCCCUCUCACGCUUCGCUUCAAGCCAAUGCUACAGCAAGGAAUAGAGCUGCUCUCACUGGACGCUUCCUGGGUGAGCUCAGCKUCCUGGUAUUUCCUGAACGUCUUUGGACUCCGAAGCAUGUACUCAUUAAUUUUAGGCCAAGAUAAUGGCGCCGAUCAGUCGAGGAUCAUGCAAGAGCAGAUGAGCGGAGCUGCCAUGGCCAUGCCUGCAGAUACAAACAAAGCAUUCAAAGCUGAGUGGGAGGCACUAGAACUGACCGACCACCAGUGGGCGCUGGAGAGCGUUGAGGACGAUCUGAUGAGCAGAGAGCUGGACUUUGAUGGCAUGUUCAGCAAAGAGCUGCCCAGUGGCAUCUUCUGAUCACUCAGUCAUUUCUAGGAUACUUCCAUUCAAAGCACUGUCUAUUGCAAGAAAUUUGGUUUUUGAAAACCAUGAAGAUGGGACAAGAGUCUUCUUGUUAUGCAAAGUUUACAAAUUUCUUGUCUUCUCACGUACAUUUAGCUUUCUCAUCCUGUUCAUGAAACAUUUUACAUUGAGACCCACUGGUUUCUCUACUGUUUUGUGUCUACUAACUAAACACCUUUGGUUUCUUAUUUUGCUUUUGAGAUAACAUUUUGGGAAAUUGAAAUGUSUUUUUGCUCACUGAGAUGAAUUAUUGUCUUGCUACUGUAUGCAAUCAUGAUGCUCCUAGGCACCGGUAUUAGAAAGACAACCUACUGUUUUUAUUCCUCUUUUAUUUCAUGCUAACUUCUCCCAUUUUCAUAUGAGACAAAUAUUGUACGGGUGUAAAUGGUGUAUAAAGUUACACUAAUGCUAUUUAUUCAUUGUAGAUCAUAGAUCAGYCAUUUUGUGUCUGUUUCUGAAAGGUUUAAGCAGAUCUGGGACCAGCAAAUGUUACAUUUGCAUUUGUGUCAAAAAAWWUUUUGUCAUUCAUGUAGACAAUGGUUUAUUUUGUAGCAUUGUUUUUACAGUCUAGUCAGUUUUCCAUUAAAAUUUGGUUUUGCCCUAUAAAGUGUACAUCACAUUUUAUACACCGUCAAAGUGCAAACAAGUGUUUUGUUUUUAGCUGAGAUGAGAGGUUUCCUCUAUUACUACUAUCCCAUCAGCAUGGGACAGUGAGUGAUAUGUUCACAUAUUCUAAAUAUAUGUAAAUUUAUUACCAAGAGUCAGUUUUUUUUUUAUUAGAGACUACAGAAAACUCCAAUACAAUAUUAAUAUAUGAUGCAUUACUACAUUUUGAGUGGCUAGCUGCAUUGACUGGAAUGUCCUCAGAAAGGAAACAAUUAUAUAAGCCGGAAUGUUUCAUUAUUGUCCUGAUAUCCUAAGAUGAYCAAAUGUAUUUUGUUUAUAAUCUGAGGAACCCAGCUUCUGGKUUACUGUUGUCCCAUUUUAUCCUGGGUUUCAAACAUGCCUGGGUUAGUGGUUAGAACAGGGGUCUGCAGUACAUGAAUCAUGUUGAAUCUGCAAAAUAGAGUUGUCUUUUGUGAAGUCUCAGCAUUUCCCUUAAUUUGGGAGAAUUCUGAAAAGCUUCCUCAUUUUUAUUUAACAUUGUUUUUGUUCUCAGGUUGUUUAUUCAAAUGUUAGCUCAGUGCUCAGACGUGUAGGUGAGAGUAAUGGCCAGAAAUAACAUUAUUUGUAAUAGCAGGGCUUYACUAUAUUAGAUAAACUUGUGAUGUGUCAUAUUGUUUAAUAAUUUGAUGAUGAAUCACUUGCAUUAAAGCAACAUUUUCCUCACU